AGCCUCAGCUGACACUGAACCCUGAACUUUUUCUACUUGUCUGACUCAAUCCACCUCCUGAGCUCCUUCACGAAGACCACAGCCCUCCUGACGUCAGUGAUCCGCGUGAACACGUGGUCAUCCUCAGGCCUGAGCUCUGUGACCAUCAUGGGCUUCUUCUUCCGCCUGCUGCAGCUGCUCUCCACCUGUGUGGCCUUAUCCCUGGUGGCCAGCGAGAACGCUUGGAAUGCGGACCUAAGUAACUGGUCAAUGUUCAUCUGGUGCUUCUGCUUCACCGUGACCCUCCUCAGUCUCAUAGUUGAAUUAUGUAAAAUCCAGGAGAAACUUUCUUGGUCCUGGGACAACUUUAUCAUCGCCUACACCUGCUUCUCUGCCCUCGUCUGCCUCUCAGCCUCCAUCAUGUACCCCAUCAUCCAUUUUCAGCUGUUGAGUUAUGGCACCCAGCAGAACCAUGCUAUCGCUGCCACUGCGUUCUCCUGUAUUGCUUCAGUGGCUUACGCCGUGGAAGCAGUCUGGACCUGUGUCAAGACGAGUGAGUCCUUCUGCUCCUUUAUCGGCCUGCUCAAAAAGCUAGAGAUCACUGUGGCCUGUGCCAUCCUCGCCUUCAUCAGCAACACCUUCCUGUACAUGCACCACCCGGCCCUGGUGUGGUGUGUGGCUGUGUACUCCAUCUGCUUCAUCCUGCGGGUCAUAUCCAUAUUGUGGUACCGGUGUGACUGUCAUGAGAGUCUGCCCUCCUCCAGUGCUGUGUUUGGGCAGACUGUGUUCUCCGUCCUCCUCUACAUCUCUGCUGUUGUCCUCUGGCCUCUCUAUCAGUUCAACGAGCAGUUUGGCGGGAAUCCCCAGCGGUCUGGAGAUGCAAGCUGCAAUGCUGGGUAUAGUGUGUGCCACUGGGACCAACAACUGGCUGUAGCCAUCCUGACAGCCAUCAACCUGCUGAUUUACGUGGUUGACCUGGUGAUCUCGGCCUCCCUGAUCUGAGGCUCUGCCCAGAGGCUCCUGAUUCCCUCUUCUCACCGGAGGUUUCUUUACCGAGCUCUUACAUUCUCUGACGUCUUCUUUCUGGCUCCCUCUCUCCCUCCUCACAUCCUUCCCCACUCAUCUCGCUCUCUUUGCUGUUUCCUUCCCUCCUUCUGCUCUGUCUCCUUCCUGUUUUGUGUGUUUCCUCAUAUCCUGUUUUGCAUCUUUCUCUUGCUGCUCUCAUCUUUUCUACAUUUUCUG